UCUUCCUCCCCCUGCUCCUCUCCCCUGAGCCCCGCCAGACCCCGCUCCGCCCGCGCCCCGCUCCACUGCCGAGGCUCCCGCAGCCCCGGCGUCGGCCCCGCUGCGCCCUCCCCGGGGGCUAUGGGGGCGCCCCCGGGCUACCGACCCUCCGCUUGGGUGCAUCUGCUUCACCAGCUGCCCCGCGCCGACUUCCAGCUCCGCCCGGUACCCAGCGGUUUCUCGCCCCAAGAGCAAGAAUACCAGCAGGCCCUGUUGCUGGUGGCAGCCUUGGCAGGCCUGGGCUUGGGCCUGAGCCUCAUUUUCAUUGCUGUCUACCUCAUCCGCUUCUGCUGCUGCCGGCCCCCAGAGCCCCCCGGGGCCAAAAGCCCCCCACCCGGGGGAGGCUGUGUCACCUGGAGCUGCAUCGCUGCCCUUCUCGUCGGCUGCGCCGGCAUUGGCAUCGGUUUCUAUGGCAACAGCGAGACCAGUGAUGGGGUGUCCCAGCUCAGCUCCGCACUGCUGCAUGCCAACCAUACGCUCAGCGCCAUAGACCACCUGGUGUCAGAGACAGUGGAGAGGCUGGGUGAGGCCGUGAGGACAGAGCUGACCACCCUGGAGGAAGUGCUGGCUCAGCGUACGGAACUGGUGGCUGCCGCCCGUGGGGCUCGGCGGCAGGCAGAGGCGGUGGCCCAGCAGCUCCAGGAGCUAGCCUUCUGGAGGGGCGUGCCCUUGAGCCCCCUGCAAGUGGCUGAAGAUGUGUCCUUUGUGGAGGAGUACAGGUGGCUGGCCUAUGUUCUCCUGCUGCUCCUGGAGCUGCUGGUCUGUCUCUUCACCCUCCUGGGCCUGGCAAAGCAGAGCAAGUGGCUGGUGAUCGUGAUGACAGUGAUGAGUCUCCUGGUUCUUGUCCUGAGUUGGGGCUCCAUGGGGCUGGAGGCAGCUACAGCUGUGGGCCUCAGUGACUUCUGCUCCAGUCCUGACACCUACAUCCUGAACCUGACCCAGGAGGAAACUGGGCUCAGUUCAGACAUCCUGAGCUAUUACUUCCUCUGCAACCAGGCGGUCUCCAACCCCUUUCAGCAGAGGCUGACUCUGUCGCAGCGAGCUCUGGCCAACAUCCACUCCCAGCUGCAGGGCCUCGAGCGGGAAGCUGUCCCCCAGUUCCCUUCUGCGCAGAAGCCUCUGCUGUCCUUGGAGGAGACGCUGAAUGUGACGGAAGGAAACUUCCACCAGCUGGUGGCGCUGCUGCACUGCCGCGGCCUGCACAAGAUGCGGCACAAGUGGGACACACCUGAGCCCUUGGUUCGUCAUGCCCUCUGAAGGAAAUGCUGUCAUCACGGCACCGCACCGUGAGCCUCCGCUGCCAGGCAGUCAUCCAGGGUCAUCCCUUGGCUUCCUCACCCCACCCCCAUUCCCAGGGCCUGCUGCCCCCCAGGCCUAGUCUUUCCCCCCAGGGGAGCACCCAUGCCUCAUCCCCCCUCUAGUCUGUCCUCCCAGUGGCUCUCCAACAGGACUGCCAGAUUUUGCAAACAACAGAUAACUCUUUCCUGUAGGUAGGUCCCACGCCAUAGUGGGGACAUGUCUGUACUAAAUAUUUUUUGUGGUUGGGCAUCCUGCCUUUGAUCUGGCGACUGCAUCAGAGGGACCCAUCUGUCCCACAGCACCGACCUGACUUGGCCCUUGCUGGGAUCCGCACCCCUUCCACAGCUCCCACUGUCCCCAGAGCGUCUCAGAUUGGCACUGCAGCACGGGGGCAGUGGCGGUGAGGGAGGGGCAAGGAAUCAACACUCAGAAUUGCUGAGUACGUGAGCUGCAGGACUCCAGAAGGCAACCCUGCUCUUUCGUUCAAGGGUAAACUGAGGCCCACAAAUUUCUCUCCGGUCCGGGCUGACCCUGGUCUGGAUCGCACUUCCCAAGGUUCACUGUGGACAGAGGGAAGGGAGGGAGGGUGGAGAGUGGGUCAGUCUCACCCUCUACUUGUGCACCCCGUGACUCUGGGCCCCUGUUUCCCCUCUCUGGGCUUCAGCGUUCCCACAUAAUACAUCCAGGAUUGAGGGACAUCAGGGAUAAAGUGGUGGGAAGGUGUCUCUGGAGCCUGACAGAUUUGGCUCUAAUCCAGCUCUACCCCUUCCAGGUUGUGUGACUCUGGGCAAGUGGCUUGCCCUCUCUGGGCUUCAACUUUCUGCCCACAAAAGGCAGCAAUGUGAGGGGGCCCAGAUCUCUGCCUUGCAGGGCUAGGAGGAGCAUGAAAGGACAUGGUCUAGGUGCCUGAAACAGUAAAAAGAGAAUGCGCCAUUGCUCUGACUUGGGUCCCAUGCCCCGGCUUGGGUUUCACUGGCACAGUACCAGACACAGCUUCCACCCCCCCGCCCCAGGGGCUCAAGCUGGAAACCUAGGAUCAUCCCUUUUGCCGUCUGUCCCCACCUCCCACACCCACUCCCCAGGCAAGCUCUGCCGCCUGAAGCCCAUCUGGACUCAGAGCACGGCUCCCUCUGCCACUGCUUCUACCCUGGUCACCCUCCUCACCUCCCACCCAGGAGCCAUGGAGCAUUUUCCCUGUCCCCCUGCUUGCCACCCCCAUCUGUCCUCCCAACAGCCAGCAGCUGGGUGAGCCUCUCUCCCACAAUCCGAUCAAAUUCUUUCCCCACUAAAACCCUCCAGUGACUCCCCAGCUCACGGAUUAAAGUCUAGCUUCGCCCCUCCCGCCCCUCCCGGGCUGGUCCCAGGCUCAGGCCCUUGCACCACCCUCUCUGCACUGGCCCACAGCAGCCCUUAAACCGCUCCAGGGCCUAGAGCCCGUGGUUUCUUCAUGUCAAGGGUGGUCUCUGCUGUUGGGGUCCAGUCCUGCCUUCUGGUCCCCUCUCAGUUUACGGUCACCUGAAAUGACCUUCCGAAGCAUGGUUACUCAAGUGUCCCUGGGACUGGGAGCCACACCUGGCACGAGCAGGCCCUUGGCUACUCUGUGGGGUGAAUGAUGGCUGGGCAUUCAGGAAACAACUCAGCUCGAUUCCAGACAUGAUGAAAGGGGCUGCCAACAUUUCCCGAGAGUGUGUUAUGUGCAAGGUGCAAUUCUAAGUUGGGGGCGGGGGUUCUUCCAAGCAGUGUUCUAAGCCGGAGAUGUUGCUCCUGGGGGGCAUGUGGCAGUGGUGGUCACAGGCAGAGUGGGGGUGCUCCUGGCAGAUAGGGAGCAGGGCCCAGGGAAGCUACUCAACAUCCUACUGGUGCGGGACACCCCACCACGGAGAAUCGUGGGGCUCACGAUGUCAGAAGCCCCACACUGGACCGAAGCUGAGGUGGCGUGGUGGCUGGGGGUAGGGUGGAGAGGGGGCCAAGAUUUGGGUUUACGUCUGCAGGUGUAGUAAUGACAGUGGUUGGAGCACUGCCUGUGUGCUUAUACGGAGGCACAGCCAGGGGUGGGGGGGGCGUGCCUGCUGACACCCUCCCCCGC